GUGUUACAGUUUCGCUGACAUCAUAAUACCUACAAUUACCAAGAUUUUUUGCUUUUGCACCUGGUCGUAGAAUAUGGGCAACAUUUUAUCCUGAGUGGGGAAACCAAAGGAGUUCAACGAACAAAUGGUAUUAUUCCUUGAAGGAGACGAGGAACCAGCAGGUGCUAUUACCCCUGUCCAGGGUAUCAGACGAGCUGGGAGCGGACAUCGGCGUUCGCAGUAACAGUGAAAGUAUCCGGUAAACUGCAUCUGCCAAUGCCCCCACGACUUCAGUCUUCCAGCAGUGCUACGUUUAGGAACAAUCCAUACUUGAAUAGCAACGAGACGUGAUUACACUCACUUGUUAUCCGAAGGACUAACUGUGACAACCUCUCGUGGGUUCAGGGAUUGAAAUAGUGCAAGUCAAAUAAGUUGGACCAAAUGAAACGUGUAAUCGCCUGCUUCCUCCUGGCGUUGACGACUGUUCUUGCCUUAGGGGUAGACGAGAAACGACCCUACGUGAAACAGUGCUCCAAAAAAGAUCCGAAACUCAAGAAAUGCCUCAUAGACGCUCUUCAUCACUUGAGACCCUAUCUUCGGGACGGAAUACCUGAGAUCAAGCUGCCUCCAGUCGAGCCUUUUCGAAUUGAGGAGCUAAUAUUGUCGCUCACUGGUGGUCGUAAUGGGUACAAAAUACAACUUCAAGAAAUGGACGUUUUGGGUGCCAGUAACUUCACCGUCUUCGAUAUCAAGCUCGGAUCACCCUUCGAGGCACUAAUCGAGAUUCCAGCCCUCGUUAUGGACGCUCAUUACUCCAGCUCCGGAGUUUUGAUAAUUCUCCCGGCAAGUGGUAACGGCACUUUCCACGGUCGGUUCGACGACGUUCGCGCCAUCGUCAAGGGCACUGUCAGCACCAGCUAUCACGAGGGUGGGACGUACCUCCACGUCGAGACGCUGGAGAUCGAAUUGGCCGUUAAGGAAAUCGAUCUGAAAGUCGACAAGAUCUUCAACAACAACCGAAUUCUGACCGAAGCUAUCAAUCUCUUCUUGCGAGAAAACGGUCAGGAGGUACUCAAGGCGAUGGAACCGCAGCUGAAAAAGGAACUUGUGAUACUCUUCUCCCGGAUCGUUAACCAGCUCCUUCUUCACGUGCCUGUUGAAUCCUUCCUUAGCCCGUAAAUUGAUAAAGAGACCUGAUUUGGACCCAACAAUCAGCAACAUGCGAUUAGUAGGUAUAUAAAUGUAGAAUUCCAGAGCCUUUCUUUUCGCAAGAGAAUUGCCGAAUCUUUCCUAUCGAUCACCCUUCACGGCCAUUAAUUCUUACGUUCGAUCGCAGACAAGAAGAGUCUUGCAUGCGCGUGAGAGAGCGAUCGUUUCUUUUAAACUGUACUUUCUAAUUCGCGUCACUUCCAUAUAUCUUAUAUACACCGUAUUAUGAGUGAAAUAUUCUCAAUGAAAGUUAGGCACCUUGAGUAUAAUAUCCGCAGAUCAGCUAUCAUCUUUCUUAAUCUUAUACCAAUAUAGAGAAUUCUCGUGAUAGUUAUUUCACAAUGAAGUAUUAAUAAUUAUAAUCGGUAUUCCAAAUUUGAUUAUUUUUCGAUGUAUUAUU